AUGAAUAUAGUACAGAUGGUGUUCAAUGAUGUAAGGCAGAAAAUACCGCCACCACAAGCUCAGACUCCAUCUAAACCACUGAAAGGUAGCCUUUUUCAAAACCAAAACAAGCCAAUGAAUCAAAGCCAAAAUAUUCCUCUUCAAAAUACUCCUUCUCAGUCGAAAGUUAAAUUUACAUCAGCACCAAAACUAAAUGCUUCUCAAAAAGUACCAAAAACUCCAUCCCCAAUAAGAACAUCACGAACUACUCCAAUUCUUAAAGCUUCUCCUGCUGUUCCACAGCAGGAGCACGAUCCAGAAACAGACGUUAAAGUUUUCCUUAGAGUUAGGCCAAUAUUAGAUCAAGAAGCACAAGCUGAUUUCAGUAUUGAUCAAAACGUUGUUAUAGCUCAUACUGCUACGAAAGAAGGAACGUCUCAGAACUAUGCUGAAAGAAAGUACACUUUUACAAAGGUUUUUGAUGAAAAAUCUUAUCAAGAUGAUAUUUUUGUAGAUGUUGCAAUGCCAUUGCUCAAACACUUUGUACGUGGCCAUGAUGGACUUAUAUUUGCCUAUGGAGCAACAAGUGCCGGUAAAACAUUUACAGUUCGUGGAUCACAAGAAGAUCCAGGCUUAAUACCAAGAAUUACAAAAUCCAUUCUUGGUAUGGAACAACCAAAUGGAUUUGAGCGUGGUUUAUUUGUUUCAUGCGUUGAAAUAUACAAUGAGAGAAUUCAAGAUUUACUUGGAAAUAAUAAGAAUCCAUUAAGAAUAUCUAAGGAUGGAUUCGGAUAUACAGUUGUUAAAAACGCAACUGAGAUCGAAUUGAAAUCAUUUGAUGAUCUCAAGAAGAUUUUAGAUACAAUUGAUAAAAACAAAUCAGUAGGAACAACAUCUUAUAACUCUAAUUCUUCACGUUCUCAUUGCGUUUUUACAUUAAAGCUCAUUACAAUUCCACUAGAUCCACAUACUCAUCAAAGAAUUGCUGAUUUAAGCAAAAUUACAGCCAGUAGAUUAUCCAUUGUAGAUCUUGCUGGAUCAGAACGUGUUAAGUCAGGAGAAGGAUAUUCAAAGAUUGUUAAUGAAGCUAGAGCAAUUAACAAAUCUAUGCUUACACUUGGAAAAUGCAUAAGAGGAAUCAGACUUGCCAAAAACGGUCAAAGAAAUGUUCAAAUUCCAUUCAGAGAAUCAAAGAUCACAGAGCUUUUCAAAGAUUUCUUUGAUCCAGUUUCGCAGAAGAAGACAUAUAUUUCCAUUAUCAUUAACAUUUCUCCAAGUACGAAGCAAUUUGAUGAUACAUUGUUUGCUUUACAAUUUGCUGCCGAAGCAAUUCAUUGCGACAUCAAAAGUAAGAAUGAUGAUGAAGAUUCAGACGAAGAUUCAGAGGAUGAUGCUGUUAGAGCUCUUUCAUUUAAUGAAGAAGAAGCUGAUCAGACACAAGAACAAGAACCUGAUGAAGAAGUUGUUAAUCUCAUAGAAGCAGAAGCAAAAAUUAGACAACAAGUUUACACAGAAAUGAUGUCUAAAAUGAAAGAAUAUCAAGAAAACCAAGCACAACAGUUAAGCCAAACAAAGGCUCAUAGUGCUCAGUCUUAUCCUAAUAAGCUUCAGACAGCUUUAGUAAUCAAAGCUGCAGGAGAUCAACAAAGACUUCAACUCGAAGAAUUCAAUCGCGAAAUAGAAAGACUAACAGUUAACAUUGCAGAGAAAGAUGCUCACCUUGCAAGUCUUAAUGACAAACUCCGUCAGAUGGAAUUAACUCUCAGAGCUGUUAUGCAAGAUACAGAUGAGAAAACUAAAAGAAAAGUCUCUUUGGAAGAAAGAGCUCAAAGAAUUCUUGCCACAGCUCAAAAACUCAAAAAUGAUAUUUCUGAGCUUAUGGAACUCCAUGGAAGAAAGAUGGUUCAACUUAAAGCUCAACAUGAAAAAGAAAUAUCUCAGAAAUUAGCGCAAGCAAGACAUUAG